GAGGAUAGCGGCUGGCCCUCUUUCAGUCUGCCUCAGCAUCUCGCCGCUGCAGAACGCUACGUUACGUGAUUAAAUAACGAAUAAAUACGUUUUGACAUAAUUUCCUUUCGAUAUUAACUUCGAAGUAUCCAGUGAGUAAGACAUCUAAAGCCAAAGAAGAGGAAAGCCGGUCGCCUAAACAAAAUUUGUGGAAAUUAUUAACAGUAGGUAUCUGAAUUAUAAAUAAGGACGCCUGGCAGACGAAGCAAGAUGCUGAAACUAGGCGUAAUACUAUUACUUACAGUAUCAACAAACGUAAACAGUCAAUGUUUUUCCAAAGAUGAUGCCUCGAAGAAGCUUAAUCCCGAAGCCCGCACCAAUUUGUACAGAAACCAAUUGGAGUUCACGUUGAAUCUCUUCAAUACUAUAAACGAAGCAGUUCCAGACGAUAAUAUAUUCUUCUCCCCGUUCUCUGUAUAUCAUGCUUUACUUCUCGGGUAUUUCGCCGCUGGUGGAGAAACAGAACAAGCCUUGAAGCAAUCAUUACGUAUUUCGGAUGCACAGGACAAGGUGAACAUGCUGAUGGCAUACAAAGUGGACAAGCGGUCGCGUGCUGCGAACAACAACAGUGACAGCUAUGAGUUCACGAACGCCAACAAGAUGUUCGUGGACUCGGAGCUGCACGUGCGACAGUGCCUGCUCGACAUGCUCUCCGGUGAAGUGGAUACACUGAAUUUCCACCAAAACCCCCAGGAGUCACGUCAGCAGAUCAACAACUGGGUGGCCGAGGUCACGAAGAAUAAUAUUAAGGACCUGAUCCCCGCAGACGGCAUCUCGGAGUCUACAAAAUUAGUACUAGCCAACGCCGCCUACUUCAAAGGCGUAUGGGCUUCAAAGUUCCCUGUAGAGAGGACCAAGAAACAAGUAUUUUUCGUAUCUGAAACUCGCCAGACCCUCGUUCCUUUCAUGAGGCAAAAGGGGACAUUCCAUUACAUGGUGAGUGAUGACCUAGGAGCACAGAUCCUCGAGUUGCCAUACAAGGGCAAUGACAUCAGCAUGUACAUCCUGCUCCCACCAUACUCGAUGAAAGAAGGAGUGUCAAACAUCAUCAAGAAUUUAACUCCAGAGCGUUUGGCCGCCGUUGUCGAGGAAGGAUACAUGGGUCGUGAAGUGGUCGUCGAAAUACCUAAGUUCACCAUCGAGAGAGGAUUGCCUCUUAGGCCGAUUUUGGAAACUUUGGGCGUCGGUGAUUUGUUCAGGCCAACGUCCAAUUUCAGUACUUUGACGGACGAUAGCGGUAUCAUAUUCGAUGAUGCUAUCCAUAAAGCCAAGAUACAGAUUGACGAAGAAGGGACGGUGGCGGCAGCAGCGACAGCGAUCUUUGGGUUCCGAUCCUCUCGACCCGCGGAGCCCAGCGUCUUCAUCGCCAAUUUCCCCUUCGUCUACAUCAUAUACGAGCGACCCACCAACUCCGUACUCUUUAUGGGAGUAUACAGGGAUCCCAAGAAGUAAUACAAUAGGUGUAGGGAAUGAUGCUAAGAGAAACACCAUAGAACAGGGAAUAGAAGUCCCUGUACAUACAUAAUAAGGUGGAUUCACACCUGCACACGCGCACGAACCAUGCACACAACGCUAAUCGAACGACUAUAGACGCGUCACUGCCUCAUACGCACGCGCAUGUCGCGAACACAAAAGUGCUGUCUGUAUUCACUCUCAAAAAUUCACGAACAUGACGUACACGUCGUGACAUUUAAAACAUGCAUGCGAACCGCUAGCAACCCAUUUUGAACACGUCAAAAUUCUGUUCUCAUAAUGCGCCAAGCGUGCGCGAUUCUUGCGCGUGCGCAGGUAUAGAUCAGACUUUACUACUCGCGUUGGCUUCACGGGUGCAUGUCACGCGGUAUUUCCUCCAAGAAUCUCUUGAUGAAAACUUGUUGUUUAAAUAGUAUUGUAUUUGUGGACAGGUAAGUCUUUGGCGGCAUUUUUCUUCCUGGUAAAUUCAACUAAAGCUUGACAUAUGUAUUAAAGUACUUACUACUUGUGAUAUCAAUAGUAAAACAGUAAAAGAUUAAAACAUAGCUUAUUACUAUUAAAGUAAAGUCUAAAUAAAUAUAUCCUGGAUGGAAUAAAAAAAGUAAUUACUUAUUAAAGGUUCAUUGAAGUAAGGUUUAUGUGGAAAAUUCUUUUGGCCUUGCUUCGAAAUCUAUGACGUAGUCACGAUGACUAAGGAAUUUGCUUCCUAUUUAGUUGUCUUUUUGCGGCUUACUUAAUUGUCACAUGAAAUCUGUUGCCUUGGCGAGGUUUGGGUUCUGUUCCGCAUAAGUACCUACGAGUAACUCUGGUUCGAUCAUGUUCGAUAAUUAAAAAUGUUAUUUCUUGUUUUCAAUAAAGGUAGGUAAUUAUUUUUUGCAUAUUAAAUAUAAUAUUAAAAGUUGUUUCUUGAAUUGAAGCUUCACAUUUAAAUAAUUAAAUUAUGAUCCAAAAUAUUUUGAAGAUCUUAAAAUUAUUUAAAAAAUGUAAUUAUUAAUUAUGUAAAAAUUAUUUACUAAAACUUAAAAGAAAAUUGGACGUUUUCUUCAGCAGAGUUCCAAUAUUAGUCUAAACUUUGUAGAGCGCACGAGAUCGCGUUAUGUCGCUGAUAUUAACAGUCUGUCUCAUUUUAACUUAAGCAAAGUUUGAGCAAAGUCAAAGUAUGCUGUAUAGAUUUCAGCCUUAGGAUUAAGUUAGAGUUAAGACGAUGAUUUUAUAAUUUAUUUAUUUUCUUAACAUUUAAAGUAAGACGUUAGGUAGUAUUUAGGUGCAUUUCGUUUCUGUUAAGUUUUCUACAAUAUCACUGAUUUACAUAGAAAUCGUUUUUGUUGAUGUUUUUUCUCUUUAUUGGAACACAUGCAGCAUUUUACUUUAACUACUAAAAUAAACUAUUAUUAUUUUGAUAAGUUGUAAUUUUGUAUCUUGUACCUAAUAAGAAAUUAAAUUAAUUACUAACUGG